ACUCUCUCUUUUCUUUUUCAGACAUGGUGAGUGCGGUAGUGUUGACCGUUUCGUUGGGGAGGAGGCUGGGGAAGGUAUUAUUGGGCAGCUCGAACACCGUAGGGUUGUUUAGUAAAAAUUGGAGAAUAUUGUUGGGUUAAAACAUGGGCUUUGGGAGGUUUCUUGAGGACGCGGGUGUUGGGAUUAUUACUCAGCGUUUCUCUGCAGACCUCGCGGGCGCAGUUCCAUUUCUCAUACAGACUUUUCUGGUGGGCGGGCUGCUUAGUAUUUAACGGCCUUAUUAAUCUCCGUUAAAGGUUAAAGAAAAAUUUAAUUAGUCGUUUCUUUUGGAGAUGUAGUUAAAAAUUUUAAAUGGCAUCCGAAGGAAAUUUUCAAUUUUGUCUUUUUUUUGUAAUUUUCCCCAAAGUAUACGUAAGAAAUGCAGACUGGUAGAGCAGCAUCUGCGUUACCUGGGGGCUUUUUUAAAUGCAGAGAAUACUGAGCUCAAGAGGGUAGCUUUUGGGGUGCAGAGAAGGUGCUUGGAAACCAGUUUCUAGGAUUUACCUCUAAACGGAAUUAUAGUUGAACCUAACUUGCAAGUUACGUGCUCUGUAUAUAUAUAGUUUGCUUGUCUGCCACAGGUGCACUGUAAAUUGUCCAGAAUUAUUAAGCUUUGGGAUUCUAUGGCAUUUUACUGUCCUCCUUAAGUGAAAGAUUAUCAGCAACACAGAUGCAGUUAAAUUUUUUGGGUCGAUGAUGAGUUGGCAUGUAUUCUGAAUUUAAAGUUGAUUAUUGCUGCUUUAGCUCUAGAAUUACUCUGAGACCUGGAAAAUAGCUGAAUUGUAACUAAGAUGGAGCUUUAGUGCUGAUAGUUCUUUUUUGCUGUUAUAUUGGCAAUUUUUAAGUUAAAAAUUUCCAUGAGAAGAUGAUAUCGAAGUAAAAACUUCAGAUGUUUGUAGAAUAUCUGCUAUGGAACAUAACAUUAAUAAAAGAUUUAAUAUUUAUGAAAUGAUUGCUGUUUUUAAUAUUUUGAAAGGGCACACCACAGAAGGAUGUUGUUAUCAAGUCAGAUGCACCGGACACCCUAUUGUUGGAAAAACAUGCAGAUUACAUAGCGUCCUAUGGCUCAAAGAAAGAUGAUUAUAAGCAGGCUGUCACAUCUCCCAUGGAGCAGCUGAUGGAUUGGACCACUGAACUUUUCUGUAGCAGUUGAGCACUUGAACCACGGCACCACUAAUGCUACUAAGAAACCAGCAUGAUUCAAAACCUCCAAAAUGCAUUGCAUUGAUGACUGCAGCAAAAAUUUCUGGACUGUUGAAAUUUUCAUGUCUCCUUGUCUUACCCUCUAUUACCUUGGCUUAAAAAGUUGUCUUGCCUGCAUUGGUCAUUUUGGUUUCCAGGAAGGUAAGUAUGUAAUUUACAAAUAGAUAAUAGGUUGUGUACAGAGUCCAGAUAAUAGAAGAAUGGACAUCUGUUAAAUCUGUAUGUACGUUUUCUUUCCAAACAGAAUUAAACUGACUUCAUCUGUAGUUGGCUCUGGGGAGAAAGCAAACUCUUUGGACAAAUUGUCAGCCACAGAUAAAUUUGUUUAUCACAUCCUUCUCAGCUAAUACUUGUUUUUUUGAUUAAUAGAUUGUGUUUGAAAAUGACACCUAAAUUUUAGAGCCACAAAUAUAAACACACUAUGUUAGGAUCAUGUAAAGGAAAAAACAGCAGUGUGGUAGUUAGCUUGUGUUGAAUUUCUUUAAUACUAAUCAAUUUUGUAAGUACGUGGAAAUGAGUUUACUAGUGCAUCACCAUGUUUUGUUUUCAAUGUGUGCUUUAGGAAUACUGUAUGUCUGAGUAUUUGAGAAUGAGUGGCAUCUAUUGGGGUCUGACAGUAAUGGAUCUCAUGGGACAGCUUCAUCGCAUGAAUAGAGAAGAAAUACUGACGUUUAUUAAGUCAUGUCAGCAUGAGUCCGGUGGAAUAAGUGCUAGUAUUGGACAUGAUCCUCAUCUUUUGUACACUCUUAGUGCUGUCCAGAUUCUUACUCUGUAUGAUAGUAUUAAUGCUAUUGAUGUAAAUAAAGUUGUGGAAUAUGUUCAGAGUCUGCAGAAAGAAGAUGGUUCUUUUGCUGGAGAUAUUUGGGGAGAAAUCGAUACAAGAUUUUCUUUUUGUGCAGUGGCAACAUUGUCUCUGUUGGGGAAGCUGGAUGCUAUUAAUGUGGAAAAGGCAAUUGAAUUUGUUUUGUCGUGUAUGAACUUCGAUGGUGGAUUUGGUUGCAGACCAGGUUCUGAAUCCCAUGCUGGGCAGAUCUAUUGUUGCACAGGAUUCCUUGCUAUUACUAGUCAGUUGCAUCAAGUAAAUUCUGAUUUACUCGGUUGGUGGCUUUGUGAACGACAGUUACCAUCAGGUGGACUUAAUGGAAGACCAGAGAAGUUACCAGAUGUGUGCUAUUCCUGGUGGGUGUUGGCUUCCCUAAAGAUAAUUGGAAGGCUUCAUUGGAUUGACAGAGAGAAACUGCGUAGUUUCAUUUUAGCAUGUCAAGAUGAAGAAACGGGGGGAUUUGCAGACAGGCCAGGAGAUAUGGUAAGUAUAUCAAGGACGUUCAUGUACACCAUAGUUUUUUUGCGUGUUAGGUUGCAUUAUCUUCUAUGGUUCUUGGCAUUUCCAGACUUAGACGUGGGUUGUAUUCCAAGUGUUCCUUUGAAAGUGACACAGUAUAUCAUUUCAAAAGCAGGAUCUUUUUUUCUUAGUUUUUUUUUUUUUUUUUUUCUUUUUUUUGAUGUAUAAAGUUUACAGAAAUUU